AUGGCGUCGUCAGCAGACGUGGUCGCCGCGGACGAGGCCAAGUGCCCUGUGCCGCAUGCGAAGAACACGCCGUUGCCUCCGGGACACCCCAAGGUGGAAUCUGUGCCUACCUCGAAGCUGCGCCCGCCAGAGGGCGAGCACUGUAUUUUCUUCCGCACGCGCGAAGAUACGCCGUCGUCGUCGAUGCACGAGUCCACACCAACGACUGAGUCUACGGUGCCUACGCCGCCCUUGUCCCCAUCGGAACUGGAGCACUCCCUUGUGCUCUCCUCGCGGAAAAGUGCGCUGGCCGUAUGCCAGGCAACACAGGUGCAGCUCAUGCUCGAGGCGCGCUACGGUGCGGCAUCGCCAGCGAUGGCGCCAGACGCCGAUCCGACGACGGAUCCCGACGUUGCACAGAUUCAUGCACUGCUUCGGAGGCACCAGCCGGGGACUGAGCCGCUCCGCUGUAUCGAGUUUCCUGUGCGGACCAUGUCGACGCAGGGCGACAACAAUUUGCGCGCGCCGCUAUACGUGAUUGGCGGCGAGGGCCGCGCGAUCUGGACGAAGGAGCUGGAGGUUGCACUCGCCGCCGGCUCGGUGGAUGCGAUCGUGCACAGCCUGAAGGAUGUACCGACGACGCUGCCCGAUGGUCUGGAGCUGGCAGCGAUUCUAGAGCGCGAGGACCCGCGAGACGCACUGGUCGUCAAGGCAGAUCUGCCGUACAAGUCGCUCAAGGAGAUGCCGCGUGGCUCCGUCAUUGGGACAUCCUCGGUGCGCCGCGUCGCACUGCUGCGCCGGGCGUACCCCCACCUUAUGUUCAGCGAUGUCCGUGGUAAUAUCCAAACGCGUCUGGCCAAGCUCGAUGCCGACGACAGUCCCUACACUGCGCUCGUGUUGGCAGCAGCCGGGCUUAAGCGCAUGGAUUUGGAAGAUCGAAUCACCGCGUACGUCACGGCGCCUGUGAUGCUGCAUGCAGUGGGGCAGGGCUCCCUUGGCAUUGAGGUGCGCACGCCACGCGGUCCCUUGGCGCAGCGCGACGAGCGCAUGCGGGCGUUGAUCCAGAGCAUUUCGUGCUGGCGCUCUACGUGGCGGUGUGCGGCUGAGCGCGCGCUGAUGCACCGCAUGGAGGGCGGUUGCUCCAUCCCCCUCGGCGUCGCGACCGAGUUUGAGGACCACCGUGAUGUGGAGGGCCAGUGCAACGAGCGGCUCGAGACGCCCUCGGAGCUGGCGUCGACGGGAGUGCCGACGCCCCGGAUGGCGACGCGUGCACCAAGGCAGCCGCCGCCUGAUGGUAUAUACCUGACGAUGAGCGCGAUCAUCGUUUCACUAGAUGGCUCGCAGUCGUGCGAGCACACAGAAAAGCGUCUCUGCCGGACGGUCAAAGAUGCCGAGCAGCUCGGCACGGACGUCGCGGACCAUCUCGAGCACCACCACAAUGCGCGUGCGAUCCUGGAGGAAGUGGAGCACCACCGACGCCUGGCGGAGGUCGCGGACCAGAAACGCCGUGAGGGCCGGCUCCCUGGUGCCGCUGAGGUCGACCGCCGCUUUUUGCCACGCGACGACGGACAGCCCAAGGUAUGGGAGGUAUAG